GUACAUUUAAACUCAGCUGUGCGGGGAAGGGGUAGUGAGUCAGGAGCGGAGACACGCACUCAUAAUUUAACACCAAACAACAACAAAACUAUAUUCAGGAAUCAGUUUCUCGUCUUAUUUAGUAUUUUAAAGCCGUUGUUUAAAGGGGUUUUGGAGAUGUCCCACGUCCAGUUAUCGAGCAGUGCGCUGGAGAGGUUGGUGGCCCGAAGGACCUUCCCUCUCCACAGACGCACUAGCGUCUGCCGCAACCUCUUCGGACCGGUGGAUCACGACGAGCUGAACCGGGAUAUGAAAGACAAGCUGCGGGAGAUUUCCGAGCGGGACCAGCUGAGAUGGAACUUUAAUUUCGACGCAGACACCCCUCUGGAGGGGGAUUACAAGUGGGAAGAGGUUCCCGUGGAUAAGACCCCGGCGUUUUAUCAGGACUGUUUGCAGAACGGCAGGACCCGGGUGCCGGCGACGCCCGUGAAGCAGAGACCGUCCUCGGACUCUGAACUCCCGGAGACCCCAAGUGUGGAUGUACUGGAACGCUUAGCGGGCCCCGAAAGCAGCAGCACCAACAGCAUUCCCUGCCCGGUGGAGGUGAAUCAGGAGAACCGCAAAUACAAACUGAACUCAGGAACAUCCAAACAGGCUCCGUGUGUUAGACGCAAGAGGGCGGCGGCUGGCAACAACACGCACAUCACAGACUUCUUCGUGAAACGAAAGAAGGCUGCUGAUAAAAAAUCUAAUGACAUGAGCGCUUGCCAUCUUUCCAAGUCUCCAAUCCCGGUGGAACAAACUCCACGAAAGAGGAUUCGUUGAAGGUGGUUUUUGCACUAUUUCCCUGCGCUUUUUGUGGAUUUCUGGAAAGCCGUUUAUACCCACCGAAGAGGAAGAACACGAAGAGGGGGAGGUGGAGGAGACAGGAGAAGGGUGGUGCGGGACAAAGAAGUCCGACAGGUCGGCUGCGGCUCGGUGCUCCCCGGCGGAGCGCAGCCUGAGCCUCGGACCAGACUCUCAGGACUGAACGGUUUGUGGGAGGGAGAGAAAAAAGGCAAAGAGAAAUUCACAGAAUGACUUCUAUCCAGUACAAAUGUAGCAUUCAUUGUUGCUUUUGCAUACAGCCACUCGACAGUGUUAAAUGUUUUAACAUCUGUGCAAUCCUAAAAUUUCUUUAAAAGAAUACACUGGCCAAAAGUGUACAGCUUUAUAGAGACAGCAUAUAUUUUGUGUUCAUUUUUUUUUCCCCGUAAAUGUAUAUUUUUAAGUUUAUUCUAACUUAUAAGUUAUUUAUGUUUCUCUUUAUUUGUUAAAUGCCUUUUUGAUUUAGCCAAAGGGCAUCUUUUGUAUUUUAUUAUUUACAUUUUUGUAUUGUGAUAUUUUUUCAAUCAUGUAGCUUCUCCAUAGUUGUUCACACUUUAAAAAAAAAUUUUUCUUUGUCUCUGAGCCGUGUUUUUUCAUACAAGUGCCCUAAAUAUGUCUUGUAAAAGAUGUUAAUAAAAAGAAAUAUCUUUCACUUCAA